CUCUCUCUCUCUCUAAAUGGAUCUAUAUAUAGAAACACAACAAUUCAUCAUUCAGCCAAACACACCUCAUUCAUUCAUUUAACAACUCUUCACCUCCCUUCACUGAGCUCACCUAACCAGAUAGCCAUGGCUCUGCAGCAGGGAGAAAACCGAGUCGUCGUCAACGUGAACAUGAUGAAGCUCGAGAAGCUUCUCUGCAUGAAAGGCGGCCAGGGCGAAUCCAGCUACGCCAACAACUCCAAAGCACAGGCGUUACAUGCAAGGUCGGUGGUUCACAUCCUGGAAGAAACCCUAGACCUGGUCCACCUCCAACCACCACCGCCACCUCACCAUCAUCAGUCCGCCGUAUUCCAGGUGGUGGAUCUGGGGUGCUCGUCGGGGAACAACACGGUUGACACGGUGGAGGCGAUCAUCAAGCACAUGAUCAAGCGAUACCGGGCGGCGGGGCUGGACCUGCCGGAGUUCGCCGCUUUCUUCUCCGACCUCCCCAGCAACGACUUCAACACCCUCUUCCAGCUCCUCCCCAGCGACGGCGGCGGCGUGGCGGGGGUUGAGUACUAUAGCGCGGGGGUGGCGGGGUCGUUCUACAAGCGGUUGUUUCCGGCGAGGUCCAUCGAUUUCUUCCACUCCGCUUUCUCCCUUCACUGGCUCUCUCAGGUGCCGGAGCGCGUGAUGGACAAGCGGCAAAGUGCAUACAACAGAGGGAGAGUGUUCAUCCACGGAGCCAAGGAGGCGACCGUGGCGGCGUACAAGCAGCAGUUCCAGGCCGACUUGGGCGCUUUCCUGCGAGCCAGAUCCGUCGAGAUGAAGAGCGGAGGGACCAUGUUCGUCGUCUGCUUGGGCCGGACCUCGCCCGACCCGACCGACCAGGGCGGGGCGGGCCUCCUCUUCGGAACUCACUUUCAGGACGCCUGGAAUCACCUUGUCCAACAGGGGUUGGUUAGCAGCGAGAAGCGCGACAACUUCAACAUCCCGAUCUACGCACCGACUUCACAGGAAUUCAAGGACGUAGUAGAGGCAAACGGCUCGUUCCACAUAAACAAGCUGGAGGUGUUCAAAGGAGGAAGCCCACUGGUGGUGAGCCGGCCCGACGACGCAGCGGAGGUGGGCCGGGCCCUGGCCAUCAGCUGCCGGAGCGUGGCCGGAGUGCUCGUCGACGCCCACAUCGGCGAGGAGCUCAGCGAGCAGCUGUUCCUGAGGGUAGAGGAGCGUGCCACGUGCCAUGCCAAGGAGCUGCUCGAGAAUCUACAGUUUUUCCAUGUCGUCGCGUCUCUUUCUCUUGCUUGAAUAGUUGGCUAGUUAAUUCGUUAAUUACCCGGGGGGAAAAAAGAGAGAAUUAAGGGCUGUAAUUUAAUUUCCGCUGAUAUUAAUUAUGAUGUGAUGGAAAGUCCAAUGUGUUAAUGAAAAAGAGGGUGAUUGGUUUGGUGAUGAUGACCUUCUUGUGUUCCCACGUACGUCAAACUCUAUAGCAGUACAGGUAAUUGGUAAUUACUACUAAUCCA